GGACUAUUUACAAACAGUCGUCGCCAUUUUCGACUCCCGCUGGGCAUGGUCGGAGUCGUAGCUCGGUGCGCGCACAGGUAUCGCUCCCUCGUCGUGUUUCGCUUGUACUGAGGCACCAUGAAGUUUCUCUACAAGGAGGAGCACCCGUUCGAGAAGCGGAGGAGCGAGGGUGACAAGAUUCGCAGGAAGUACCCUGACCGAGUCCCCGUGAUAGUGGAGAAGGCCCCCAAGGCCCGCAUUGGCGACCUGGACAAGAAGAAGUACCUGGUUCCCUCGGACCUGACCGUGGGCCAGUUCUACUUCCUGAUCCGCAAGCGGAUCCACCUGCGGCCGGAGGAUGCGCUCUUCUUCAUUGUCAACAAUGUCAUUCCCCCUACUAGUGCCACCAUGGGCUCCCUUUACCAGGAGCACCACGAGGAAGACUUCUUCCUAUACAUAGCGUAUAGCGACGAAGACGUCUACGGUGUCUGAGACACCUGAAGAGCAUUUUUUAUUUUUAACAAAAUUCUUUAUAUAAUAAAAAGGAAUGGCAGGAAGAAAGUUGAAGAAGAUGGAUGCCAAGAACCUAAGUCACAGCGGUUUUUGUGCGCAGAGAUCGUUUUUGACAUAUGCACUUUGUGUAUUUUGCGCCCCGUUGAGCUGCAGAUAUGUUUUCUUUCUUUAGAAUUUGUUAUUUCUUCCUUUCACCUCUUUUGCCAGUAAUGAAAAAUACAAAUCGGCCCCUUGGCUCCACUCUCCCAGUUGGAGAGUGGAGCUGUCUUGUUCGCCAAAGCAUCCUACUGAAGUACAUUGUGUUAGAGACCGAGAUUUUCUUUCUGUACUUGUAUUCUCUCUCCAACUUGCUGGCUGUGCCUAGCGUGGCAAGGAAAACUCCUUAACACCAGAGUAUGCAGUUAUUUAUUUGUUGGAUUGUGACUCAAUGCUUUGCUUCUCAUUUCCUCUUCUCUUGAAUUGUAAAUUCUGUAUUAUAUACUCAAAAUAAAGUAAUAAAAACCACAGACGUC